AUGUCGGUCGAGAUUGAGCAGGCUGAGUCUCCUCAUAAUGCCUACGACACUAUCCUGGUGCUGGACUUCGGGUCCCAGUUCACGCAUCUUAUCACUCGACGACUACGAGAACUGAACGUCUACAGCGAGAUGCUUCCUUGCACUACGAAGCUCUCAGAUUUAAGCUGGAAGCCCAAGGGAAUUAUCCUAUCUGGUGGACCAUUUUCAGUUUAUGACAAGGAUGCGCCUCAUGUUGACUCAGCCUUUAUCGAUCUCGGAGUCCCCAUCCUAGGUAUAUGUUACGGUCUUCAAGAGAUUGCUUGGAACUCGAGCAAAGACAAUGUCGUUGCCGGAACCAAGAGGGAAUAUGGACAAGCGGAUCUCAUACCACAGCACCACAACAGUCAAGUUGACCGAUUGUACGAAGGCUUCUGGAUGAGCCACGGUGAUAAAUUGAGUCACCUCCCGGAUGGCUUCGUCACCAUCGCCACCACUCAAAAUUCUCCUUACGCUAGUAUCGCACAUGAGAGCAAGCCGAUCUUUGGUAUACAGUUUCAUCCUGAAGUUACACAUACCCCUCGUGGUACCGAGCUUCUCAAAAACUUUGCAGUCGGCAUUUGCGGUGUUAACCAAAACUGGACGAUGACGGACUUCCUCGACAAGGAGGUUGCUCGAAUCCGCAAACUCGUAGGUAACGGCCAGGUGAUCGGCGCUGUCUCAGGUGGUGUGGACUCGACAGUUGCUGCGAAGUUAAUGAAACUAGCAAUUGGCGAUAGGUUUCACGCUGUACUCGUGGACAAUGGUGUGAUGCGUCUCAACGAAUGCCAGCUGGUGAAAGAAGCGCUUGGCGAGCAUCUUGGCAUCAACUUGACGGUUAUAGAUGCCUCGCAAAUCUUCCUUUCCAAAUUGAAGGGCGUAUUAGAUCCGGAACAAAAGAGAAAGAUCAUCGGCAACACUUUCAUCGAUAUUUUCGAGGAGCAGGCAAUUAAGAUCGAGAAGGCCGCAGAGAACACACCAAACGCCGGAAAAGUUGAAUGGUUUCUCCAAGGCACUCUAUACCCCGAUGUCAUUGAAUCGAUCUCCUUUAAGGGUCCUUCGGCGACUAUCAAGACGCAUCACAAUGUUGGUGGUCUGCCACAACGAAUGAUGGAUGGUCAAGGUCUCAAACUCAUUGAGCCUUUUAGGGAGUUAUUUAAAGAUGAAGUUAGAGCCCUAGGCCGUGAGUUAGGUAUCAACGAAGAACUCGUCAUGAGACAUCCGUUCCCUGGCCCUGGCAUUGCUAUCCGAAUUCUCGGUGAGGUCACCCCGGAGCGAGUUGAGAUUGCAAGGAAGGCAGACAACAUCUUCAUCAGCAUGAUUAGGGAAGCAGGUAUCUACAACGAAAUCAGCCAAGCUUAUGCUGGCCUUGACACAAACAAGGCUGUAGGAGUCAUGGGUGAUAAGCGCUACGAAGGAUACCUCUGUUUGCUGCGUGCAGUUACGACUAAGGACUUCAUGAGUGCCGAGGCUUACAAGUUCGAUAUGGACUUCCUCCUGAAUGUAUCCACGCGGAUUGUUAACGAAGUCGAUGGCAUAAGUUGUGUAUUCUACAACACGACAAGCAAGCCGCCAGCCACGAUCGAGUUAUCAUAA